AUGAAUAUUCCAUCUCUACCACCUCAACAAGGUUCAAAUGAUUCAUCAGUAGAUUUAGGUGUUAAUGGCAAAGAAUCCUCAUCAUCAUCAAAUUAUACGAAAGAAGAAUCUGAUGAAUUAAUUGAAAAUAAUAAUGAUACUCAUGAAGAAUUAUUUUAUGAAAUAUCAAAUAAUAUUUCUUUUGAGCUACAAAUUCAACAUAAAGUAAAUGAAUUAAAAUUCAAUGAAAAUACAACAACUAGAACUAAUAAUGAAGAAAAACAAGAAAUAAUAACGAAGGAAAACAAUACGAAUGAUAAAAAACCAAUUGCUAAUAUAACUUCAACGAAAAACUCCAAAUCUUCAACAAAUUGUCGAAAAGAAACUUCAAUAACUUCAAAUAUUUCUUCUUCUUCAUCAUUAUCAUCUAAAACUUCUCUUGCACAUGAUUUAAUUUUAUCACCUAAACCUCCAUUAUCAAUAUCAUCAAAACUUCGAGUUAAUCUUCCAGAAAUUCAAUCAGUUUCAUUUAUAGCUGGAACAUUUGCUCCAAUAACAACGGAUGAAUCAUCUCGUUUAUCAUUAACAAAUCAAGGACGUUUAAAUAUAAAUCUAUCACGAAAAUUAGCAUCAACAAGUAAAACUGAUUCAACCUUUACAUGUAAAAAUUUUGAUGAAUUUCUUCAUCAAAUUCGGGCAUCAUUAUCCUCUUUUGAAUCAACAAAUAAUUUACAAAAAUCUUCUUCAAACAAUAAAAAUUGUGAUUUUUGUUCUUGUAAAUUUUGUCCUGACUUUUCAAAUACAAAUGAUUGUAUUACUUGUAUGUCUAUAUCAAAUAAUACAAUGAUAAGUUGUGCAUUUAAUCCACGUAAUGCAGAAGCAAAACAACGAUUAAAACUUAAAAUAAAUAAACGUACAGUACAAAAUACAUCAGAUCAAUAA